AUGACUAAAUUGGGACAUUUCUUCUCCAAUCUACGUGCCCGAUAUGGGAAGCGAAAUGCUACUAAAACAACUGCAGACCCGAAGGAUAACAACCCACAAAAUGUGAACCUACUUCCAACUGGGGAGCAAUUGUGUGAUCCAGAUACACCUGUGAAACCCGUUGAAGUGACGAAUCAAUGCGGGGAAGGAAAUAAUAUUGAGCCUUUGACUGAUGCUCAAGGUGAACAAGUUGUUGGGUUGGAGUCUGAAAUCACUGGCGGUUCAGUUACGGAGGAACAACCGGAGGUAGACAAAGUGAAACCGAACGAACAACCAGAGGAAUGUGAACCAACAAUGAUGAUACCUCCACGAGAAUUUGAGAGUCAGUCUGUGACCGAUGAAGAACCAGUGAAAAAAUGCGGUGAAAACAAUUUCGUAGCUGAUGCUCUGUCAAACUAA